AUGGGAAAUCCCAGAGCAGCGAAAGCAUUGAAGGAGGCUGAGGUGGAGCCAGAGCUGGAGGCACAAGUUGCAAUGUUAGCCAUUCAACUGGGCAUGUUGGAAGACGCAGAGAAGCUGUACAGGUCCUGCGAGCGCUUCGACCUCCUCAACAGCUUCUACCAGGUUUCAGGAGAUUGGGCCAAAGCGCUGGAUCUGGCAGAGACUCAGGACCGCAUCCACCUCCGCACCACCUACUACAACUAUGCAAAGUACCUUGAGAGUGUUGGGAACAAAAGCCAGGCCAUCACAUUCUUUGAGAAAUCCGACAGCCACAGGGUAGAAGUGCCGAGGAUGCUUCAGGACGACACAGCCUUGUUAGAAGUCUAUGUGAACAAAAUGAGAGACAAGAACAUCUAUAAAUGGUGGGCGCAGUAUCUGGAGAGUCAGUCCGACAUGGACGAAGCUCUGCGUUACUAUGAACUGGCUCAGGAUUAUCUUUCUCUAGUUCGGGUUUUCUGCUACAUGGGAAAUAUUCAGAAGGCGUCUGAGAUUGCCAACGACACCGGGGACAGAGCAGCGUCCUACCAUCUGGCCCGACACUACGAAGGACAUGAGGACAUCAAGCAGGCCGUCCACUUCUACACUCGAGCCCAGGCCUACAACAACGCCAUACGGCUCUGUAAGGAGAACGGUUUAGACGACCAGCUGAUGAACCUGGCUCUGCUCAGUAACCCAGAAGACAUGAUGGAGGCGGCCAGCUACUACGAGGAGAAAGGCUCUCACACAGACCGAGCCGUGGCUCUGUACCACAAGGCAGGUUAUGUGUCCAAAGCUGUGGAGCUGGCCUUCGCCACAGAGCAGUUCUCUGCUCUGCAGCUCAUCGCAGAAGGUCUGGACGAGGCCUCAGACCCUGCUCUGCUGGAGCGCUGCUCGGACUUUUUCAUCUCACAUUCUCAGCACGAGAAGGCUGUGGAGUUACUGGUGGCAGCUAAGAAGUAUCAGGAGGCGCUGGAGCUGUGUGUGAGCCAGAACCUGACCGUCACCGAGGAGCUGGCUGAGAAGAUGACAGUGAACAAGUUAAAGGACAUGUCCGAGGAGCCGCGGAAGGAGCUGCUGGAGAGGAUCGCAGACUGCUGCAUGCGUCAGGGCAACUACCACCUGGCAACCAAGAAGUACACUCAGGCUGGGAACAAGCUCAAGGCAAUGAGGGCUCUUCUGAAAUCUGGGGACACCGAGAAAAUUGUCUUCUUUGCCAACGUUUGUCGUCAUAAAGACCUUUUCAUCAUGGCCGCCAACUACCUGCAGUCGCUGGACUGGAGGACGGACCCCGACAUCCUCAAAACAAUCAUAGGUUUCUACACAAAAGGCAGAGCUCCAGAGCUGCUGGCGGGUUUCUACGAAGCCUGCGCUCAGGUCGAAAUUGAUGAUUACCAAAAUUAUGAAAAAGCACUUGAUGCUCUGACUGAGGCUUAUAAGUGCCUUUCAAAAGCCAAAGAUUCUUCUGGAAAACAUGAAGUCAAACUGUCCAACAUGCAACACAAGAUCAAGCUGAUGAAGAUGUUUGUGCACGUGCGCAGGUUGUACGUGGAGAACCCUGUGGAGGCCGUGCGUGUGUGUGAGGCCUUGUUAGAGGAGGACGACCUGGACCCAGCAGUGCGAGUGGGAGAUGUGUUUGGUUUCCUGGUGGAUCACUACUGUCAGCAGGGACAGUACCAGACGGCGUACCGCAGAUUAGAGGAGCUGCAGAAACUGUUGCCGUCCCAAAACCUGAGGUUCUACAUCAGUCAGAAGAGUCUGGAGUCUCUGCAGCGAGAGCUGGGCGUGAUCCUGGAGCAGUCUGAGCAGGAGGUCAUCAUGAAGGACGAGGACGAGGUGGUGGAGGAGCUGCACGAGUCUCUCUCAUGA